CUUCCUCACUCACACCCUGAAAUUGAAACCUGCAAAAACCAAAUUGUGAAUAUGAACUUUUCAAUUCCACUUGGAAAACAGCAAAAUGAUAGAGAGGAGAAAGAAGGGAUAGGAGUGAGUUUCAGGCCAGAAAACUUCAUCCCAGGUGUUGUUAUUGGUUUCAUUUUUGGGUUUCUUCUUGAUUUAGCUAAACCCUCCAAAAACCCACCUAAAUCUUUACACCAAACCAAGAAUUCCUUAACUUCAGCCAACCCAGAUGAAGAAUUUAAGAUGGUUUUGGUGGUUAGACAAGAUCUGAAAAUGGGACAUGGGAAGAUUGCAGCUCAAUGUGCUCAUGCUGCCACAGGCAUGUAUGCUGAGCUGAUGCAAAGUCAGCGUUCCCUAUUGAGGCAGUGGGAGCAAUGUGGGCAGGCUAAAAUAGUAGUGACAUGCAAAAAUCAAAAAGAAAUGAAUAAGUUGCAGCAAGAUGCUGAGAACAUUGGACUUCCAACUUUUGUUGUUGCAGAUGCCGGGCGCACACAGGUUGCGGCUGGUUCAAAGACAGUACUUGCAAUUGGACCUGGACGAAAGGAUUCUGUGGAUUCUGUCACUGGGAAACAAAGACUUCUUUGACUGUUUAGCAUGCCACUAGUUUCUGCUUAGUUGAGAAUCAAGAGGCUGCCUUUCCUUCAGAUAAACAAAAAAUUUAUCAGGGGUUUAUCUCUAGUAUGAGCUACUCUUGGCACAAGCUUGUGCAUGUCAUGAUUCCGAUAAGUAUGCUUCCAUUAGAUUUAAUUGUAGAUCAGAUAGAAGCCAAGAUUAAGCAUAGGAGGAGAGUCUUAUGGUGAAGAUUCCGUGGCAACUUAUUUUUUUUACCUUUCUAAUUCUAAUUGUAGUCGAUUAAGGCGUUACAGACCUUUUUACAAUGUAAUUAAUGUCAUGCUUAAAACAAUGAUCAUAAGCAGUAUUCAUUUGAAUUGAAAGCUUAA